AUUAUAAGCAAUAAAUAUUGUCCAGCUGUAAGGAAAUACCGCAGGAGUCUCAGAGGACAGAAAUAAAGGCAGUUGGUAGUUUUGUUUCGCCGUUGACGGCUUUUUAUGAACACACUGACGCAGUAAAUGUAAAAGAAGGGGGACCAGACUGCUUUCGGCUGAUUAUACCGCGGAUGGGAAAACGUUGCGAUCCUUUCACUGUAUUUCUAAGACUACGGAUUUAAUUCUGAACCACAGCAAUGCCGAAAACGAUCAAUGUACGCGUCAUCACAAUGGAUGCAGAACUGGAAUUCGCCAUCCAGAGCAACACUACUGGCAAGCAGCUCUUUGACCAGGUGGUUCUGACAAUCGGUCUACGGGAGGUCUGGUUCUUCGGACUACAGUAUGAGGACACCAAAGGGUUCACUACGUGGCUCAGACUCAACAAAAAGGUGACAGCUCAGCAUGUCCGCAAAGAAAACCCACUCCAGUUCAAGUUCCGGGCCAAGUUCUUCCCCGAGGACGUGUCCGAAGAACUGAUCCAGGAGGCGACACAGCGACUCUUCUUCCUUCAGGUCAAGGAGUCCAUCCUCAAUGAUGACGUCUACUGCCCCCCGGAGACGGCAGUGUUACUUGCCUCUUAUGCGGUGCAGACUAAGUACGGCGAUUACAAAUCAGACAUUCACCUGUCUGGGUACCUGUCCAGUGACAAGCUGCUGCCAGACAGGGUCCUGGAGCAGCAUAAGCUAAGUAAGGAACAGUGGGAGGAGAGGAUUCAGGUGUGGCACGAGGAGCACAAGGACAUGCCAAGCAGAGAGGACUCCAUGAUGGAAUACCUCAAGAUUGCCCAGGAUCUCGAGAUGUAUGGGGUCAAUUAUUUCAGCAUCAAGAACAAGAAGGGAUCGGAGCUGUGGUUGGGUGUGGAUGCACUAGGACUCAACAUCUAUGAACAGAAUGACAAGAUGACUCCCAAAAUCGGAUUCCCUUGGAGUGAGAUUAGAAACAUUUCCUUCAGCGACAAAAAAUUUGUUAUCAAACCAAUUGACAAGAAAGCCCCGGACUUUGUGUUCUACGCACCUCGCCUGCGCAUCAACAAGCGCAUCCUGGCCCUGUGCAUGGGCAACCACGAGCUGUACAUGCGACGCCGCAAGCCCGACACCAUCGAGGUGCAGCAGAUGAAGGCCCAGGCCCGUGAGGAGAAACACCACAAACAGAUGGAGAGGGCACUGCUGGAGAACGAGAAGAAGAAGCGAGAGAUCGCCGAGAAGGAGAAAGAGAAGAUUGAGCGCGAGAAAGAGGAGUUGAGAGAGAGGCUGAUUCAGAUUGAAGAGCAAACCAGAAAAGCCCAAGAAGCGCUGGAGGAGCAGACAAAGAGGGCCGUGGAACUGGAGCAGGAGCGGAGGUGUGCCCAGGAGGAGGCGGAGCGCCUGGAGAAGGAUCGUAGGAUGGCCGAGGAGGCCAAGACUGCCUUGCUGAAGCAGUCUGAGAACCAAAUGAAGAACCAAGAGAUCCUGGCCACUGAGCUAGCCGAGCUGACCUCUAAGAUCUCGCUUCUGGAGGAUGCCAAACGAAAGAAGGACGACGAGGCCAAGGAUUGGCAGAUGAAGGCAUCGAUGGUGCAGGAGGACCUGGAAAAGACGAAGGAGGCAUUGAAGAGCAGGAUGGUGUCUUUCAACGCGGAGAACGAACACGACGAAAACGACGAAAGCAGCGCCGAGGCGAGCGCGGAGCUGACGUCGGCCGCAACGUGCCGGGACCGCAGCGAGGAGCAGCGCAUGACGGAGGCUGAGAAGAACCAGCGUGUGCAGAAGCACCUGCUGGCCCUGAGCUCAGAGCUGGCCAACGCACGGGACGAGACCAAGAAAACUGUAAACGACAUCAUCCACGCCGAGAACGUGCGGGCGGGGCGGGACAAAUACAAAACCCUACGGCAGAUUCGUCAAGGCAACACCAAGCAGCGUAUUGAUGAGUUUGAGUCUAUGUGAGCCGCGUCCACCGUGGGAUAUGCAGCGGCCGAUCCGUGUGCCUUGCAGCCUGUUGCUGUGCCUGCUUCUCUACAAGGGCCAAAUGCCUGACAGCAAACUUCCACAAUACUGCCCUACGAAGGCAGAACACAGUAACUGCAUAUCUUAUGAAAAUUGAUUUUUGACCAAAAUCGAGUCUCUUACAGUCUGUUUUAUCUUUUGUCAAAAUAUCUUGGUUCCACAAUGGUGGGAUUUGAAGAAAGCAGGGUGUAAAAAUGACAGUAGCCACAAAUUCUACAAAAGCAAAGCAAAAGACACGGAUUCUCAAAUUCAGUGUCAGCGUAAUCACUGUGUUUUACCUUUAUAGGCCAGAAUAAUUACCCUGUAAUCAAACUUUGGUAUAUUCCUCUUUCCUUGUCUGUGGUCCGUUUAGCUUGGUCCAGUAAAAUGUGUUUUCAGGGUAGCCGUAUUACAUAGCAUAUCAAAACUGGUGCUGUCGAAAAUAAGAGCAGAUCAUUUAUUGCAAAUUAGCAAAUUAAUCAUUCAUGCAAAUGCCUUAUCGGUCUGGCUUUUCAGAACUUUGCUGUUAGGACAAACAACUUGCCUGAAUUAAAAAAAUUUCACAUUCUAGACCAGUAUUCAGUAAUGUUUUAGUUUUGUACGGAGUCAGGGUAUUAAGUCUGCUGAAUGGUAACUGAUAUUUGACUAAUGCUGUAAACAUAACAAUGAACUUUCCACACACCAUACUUGCAUGGAUAAAACAGAGUGAUUCAUAUUUCCUUUGUACUCUGGCUGUAUUUUACUUUGAAGUUAAUUUAUUAUUUUUCUACAAUAAACAAUGCAAAAAUGCGUUAGUUGAUCAAACUGUUGGAUGGACUGACUCUUCCCUGUUUGUCCUCACGUUUAACACUUUUGUUGUACUGCUGUCUUACUGGCAAACAAAAUAUAGACCAACUGGUUUCUGUAAUGUUGGUUAAAUGUGCGUUGGGCUAUAAAAUUGUUGUGUAUUGGAACUGCUGGUUUUUAUGUGGGUAAUUGCAGGACCAGACUUAGAGAAGAUUGGUGUUCUAUUCCAUUGCCUGGAAUGUUUUAAAGGUUUUGUUUUUUAGCCCAUUAAAAAAUAUUUAAUCUGGCAAGUGUGACCCAAUUUUUCAAAUUUAAAAUAUAAAACAUAAAAUAUUUUCCUUUGAACAAUGUUGUCUGAUGUCACUAUCACGCUAUCUAUCCUUUUGAAGUUUCAUACGUUUUUAUGUGUUUUUAUUGUAUGCACUAUUUUUGAAGUAUUGUGUAGCAUGAAUCAUAUUCUUGGUGAAGACAAUUAGUCUUAUUGAAUUUUAUGUACUUUUUACUUUGACUAAACAUGAUGAAAGACGUGCUUCUGAUUUAAUUAUAUCUGAGAGUUGGAAGAUAAAUUUUAUAUUAUAAUUGAUUUCAUUGUAUUAUACUAAAGCUAAGUUUUGGCUUUUCAAAGCCAUCAUUAAAAUACAAGAAUGAGAUACCUAUGUGCAAAAUAUUUCCUAUAUAUCAUAAAAUUCUGCACUUCAUAAUAAAAUUAAAUAAACAUGUACGUCACCUUCCACAA